AGUGACCAUCUGGGCUCUCGAAUCCUGCUCAUUUCGACAGAAUAUCGGCAACUCUGAGGUUGAAAUGCGGAGCUUAAAUUAAUGAGUCAUGAUAAUUUUGUCAUUUGCCCAGAUCCUAAGUUAUUUGUGAUUAUUCAGAGGAUUUUUCAAUUUAUAAAUUGCAUUAUUUACGAAAAACUACCACAGUCCCGAUUGUGAAACUGGUGUCAAGAGAGUGUUGACAUUUUUUGUGAAGAUUAUUGAUUCACUGAAACUAUUUUUAGAACCAUGCACAAGCCGGACGUCGAGUACCAGAGCGAGUUGAAGUUGUCGUACCAACUACCAAUGCCAGACAGUGGGCCGAACGGUGUCCUCGUCGAGAAUAACCACCAGAUUCUUCCCCAGAGGUCUCCCCGCCAAUGGAUCUCUCACAUCUCCGCCUCAUCCCGCAGAAGACACGAAGUUCUGCUUCUUAAACAACGUAAGGAAAAGCUUAGAAGAAAGAGAAUGGUGAGGAGGAGGGAAUAUCAGAGGUUGCGCAAUAUGGUCCCGUCCAUUGCUACCAAGCCUCUAGUAUCUAAGGUAACUGUUAUAGAAGAAGCGAUCCGAUACAUAGACUACUUACAUGGCGCUCUGCUGACGAGGUUAAGAACUAAAGGUCUUCCCAGCUGUUUAAGAGGUGUAAAUGUGGACGUUAAUCAGUUAAACCUCGAUGAUAUCAAAGACUUGGUUUGCCAGUUAGUCCAAAGGAAUAACCAACUGAAAAAGCAAGGAAGGACCGACGGCAUCAAUCGAGACUUGGAUGCUAUUUCUCCCGUCUCGUUCUUCGAGAGGUCUCGGCACGUGCCUUCUUACCUGUCCGCCCGACGACCUCUCCGCAAGAGGACGUGAACGGCAGCCGAUAUGAAUGGUAGAGCCGAAAAAAGUUGUUAAAGAUUAUGAUGCAAGAUAAGACUGUGGUAACCAGUGCAAAGUUGUAGAACAAAAUCGCAUGCACUGAAAAUAGCAUUGUUGUAUAUAUUUGUGGUUAUUUGUACUCAAAAAGAUACUAUUGUAUUAUGUGGAUAUAUUUUUGUACAGACCAAUAUAAGGUCUCCGUGUAAAUACAAUUUUGUACAUAUUUAUAUAGACAUAAAUAUACAUACAUUAUAAAUAAAUAUAUAUAUAUAUAUAUAUUGGGCUGGGGAUUGAAAUAGCCCGAUUAUAAAUUUGAAUAAAAAAUAACUUUGGAUAAAA